AUCUUAAUGUGGAACUAAAUAUUAUGAUUUCCUUAACGAUGCGCUGAGUAUUUUUAGUGUGCAUCCCAGAUUCGUUCUAGUUUUGUGUUAGUUUUCAUUCGUCUGUUUCAAACAAAUUUAAAAUAUGUCUCAUCCCUCCUUGGACACAUCCCAAAAAAAGGAAACAACAUUUAAAGGUACUUUUGAUUUAGAAGAACCAUCGCAGGAGUUGCUGCAAUGGGCAAAAGAAAACAUAAAUGAGGAUCCCGAUACAAGGGAUCUGUUGAUCUCUGAACUGAAGGAUAUGAUAUACGAAAGAGGCGAAUGCACUCCUACAAGGACCGAUGACGAGUUUCUGCUGAGGUUUCUAAGAGCUCGCCAUUUUAUUCUUAAGAAAGCACAUCGAUUGUAUGUAAACUACCAUAACUUCAUGGAAGAAGCUCCUGAAUAUUUCAAAAAUGUCAACUUGCAGAAGUUAACAGAGAUCAAGAAGACAAAGAUGUUUAACUGCCCUUUAAGUAGGGAUCAAAGCGGAAGAAGAAUGUUGAUAUAUAAUAUUGGUGAAUGGGUUCCUUCUGAUUUUUCUCCCACAGAGCUUAUUCAAUUUGUGAUAUUUUUAGUUCAGUUAAGUAUGUUAGAGCAGAAGACACAGAUAAAGGGAGUCGUAGCUUUGUUUGAUCUUAGUGGAUUGUCGCUGGAAAUGAUGUGGUACAUGAGUCCCACCUUAGCUAAGCAUUUGGUCAAUAUUGCUAUGACUUCAAUGCCCUGUCGUCUAGAAGCCGUGCAUUUUCUCUACAGCUCAUGGAUGUUUGAUACAGCUUUCAACAUGGUUAAGGUUCUAGUAUCACCGACAGUAACAGACAGAAUUCACUUCCACAACGACCUGGAAACUCUGUAUUCCCAUAUAGAUCCGAAAUACCUUCCGAACUCUUUAGGUGGAGCUCAAGAAGACUAUUCCUUAGAAUCCUGGUAUAAUGAUAUCUUUGAGGCCCACAGUGAAACGGUAAAGACUGAAUUAGAAAGUUUAGGAUACCCUGUUAAAGAGUUUAUCGAUUCUAUUGAUAAAAAAUAAAAAAAAAACAAAAAAAAAAUAGGUGUAAAUAAAUAUCUUUUUCAAAA